ACGAUUAAGCAUGAUUAAGCAAAACAAGAUAGAAACGUCACAGCCUUCUUCAACCAUCGUUUCCUGGAAUAUUUUCAACGCACGUACCGCUAACAUCUUCACAUCUCUCUCUCUCUAAAAGACAAAUCGAUUCGGUGAUUCCAAAGAAUCGAACUUUCUCGGAAUUCCAAUACGAUUCUCUCAUUUUUCCCAGGAAUCCAAAAACCCCACAACUUUGUAUUGCUUCGGAGCUCUCAUGGCCGAUCGUUUUCACAGGUGCAGUUUGGUAGUAUUUGAUCGGAUCCAGUGGAUAGUCUCCUGCAGUGCCAACAAGGAGCUUAUUAUUGGGAUUUCUUAGAAGAUUGAUCUCCUGUGAUUGUUCAAUCAAUACCAAUUCAUAUUUGUAAUGCAAUCAGUUGUUGAGGAUCAUAAGAAGAAGAAUUUAAAGCGUUCGAGAUCAUUUACUUUCGACAUGCCUGUGACUGACCUGAAUUUGACACACAGUCUUGAUGACUGUGUUCUUUUCCCACUCGAAGAUAUUGUGCAACACCCAUUGCCGGGAUAUAUUGCUCCGACUUCAAUCAGUUUCAGUCCUGAUGAUACUAUUAUAACUUAUUUGUUCAGUCCCGAUCACACUUUGAAUCGAAAGGUAUUUGCUUUCGAUCUCAAAACUGGCAAGCAAGAGUUGUGUUUCAGUCCUCCUGAUGGAGGACUUGACGAGAGCAAUAUAUCACCAGAAGAAAAGUUGAGGAGAGAGAGGUCGAGGGAGCGUGGGUUGGGAGUGACACGGUAUGAAUGGGUGAAGACAAGCUCUAAAAGGAAUGCAAUCAUGGUGCCAUUGCCAGCUGGGAUUUAUUUCCAGGAUCUUUCUAAUUCACAAGCCGAGCUCAAGCUUCCGUGCACAUCAGGUUCACCAAUUAUUGAUCCCCAUCUAUCUCCAGAUGGUACAAUGCUCAGUUAUGUAAAAGAUUGCGAGUUGCACGUUCUAAAUUUGUUAUACAAUGAAUGUAUUCAGUUAACAUCUGGUGCCAAAGGAGAUGUUUUGACUCAUGGCCUUGCAGAAUAUAUUGCUCAGGAAGAAAUGGAUCGCAAGAAUGGGUACUGGUGGUCUCUAGACAGCAAAUUCAUUGCAUUCACAGAAGUUGAUUCUUCUGAGAUUCCGCUUUUCAGGAUCAUGCAUCAAGGCAAAAGCUCUGUUGGUUCUGAAGCUCAAGAAGAUCAUGCAUAUCCCUUUGCGGGAGCUUCAAAUGUCAAAGUUCGCCUAGGUGUGGUUUCUUCUGCUGGAGGUCCUAUUACUUGGAUGGAUCUUCUGUGUGGGGGAGCAGAUCAACCAGACAGUGAGGACGAAUAUCUGGCAAGAGUAAAUUGGAUGCAUGGAAAUGCUUUAAUAGCUCAGGUUUUGAACAGGUCACACAGCAGACUAAAGAUCCUUAAAUUCGAUAUUAAAACUGGGAAGCAAAAAGUUUUAGUGGUGGAAGAACAGGAAACAUGGGUUAGCUUACAUGACUGCCUCACACCUCUGGACAGAGGAGUAACCAAAUUUUCAGGGGGAUUUAUCUGGGCUAGUGAGAAAACAGGAUUUAAACAUCUUUAUCUGCAUGAUUCCAAUGGAACAUGUUUAGGGCCUAUCACCGAAGGAGACUGGAUGGUUGAGCAGAUUGCUGGUGUAAACGAAGCUGCGGGACUUGUUUAUUUUACUGGAACCUUAGAUGGGCCUUUGGAAUCACACCUUUAUUGUGCUAAGCUUUUCAUGGAUGGAAACCAACCCUUGCAAGCUCCAGUGAGGUUGACUCGUAGCAAGGGGAAACAUGUGGUGGUGCUUGAUCAUCAUAUGAGGAACUUUGUUGAUAUCCAUGACUCCCUUGAUUCUCCCCCUGAAGUUAUACUGUGCUCCUUGCACGAUGGAAGCUUGAUUAUGCCUCUGUAUGAGCCGUCAUUAACGGUUCCAAGAUUCAAAAAGCUUCAACUUGAGCCACCAGAAUUAGUCCAUUUGCGGGCUAAUGAUGGGACAACAUUGUAUGCAGGUCUAUAUAAGCCUGACGAAACAAGAUUUGGACCUCCUCCUUACAAAACCUUGAUCAGUGUGUAUGGUGGACCGAGUGUACAGCUCGUCUCUGAUUCUUGGAUAAAUACAGUUGACAUGAAAGCGCAGUAUCUAAGAAACAAAGGCAUCUUAGUAUGGAAGUUGGAUAAUAGAGGAACUGCUCGACGUGGACUGAAGUUUGAAGGCUCUUUAAAGUACAAUUGCGGUCAGGUUGAUGCCGACGACCAACUGACUGGAGCUGAGUGGCUUAUAGAAAAAGGGUUAGCACGAGCAGGUCACAUUGGAUUGUAUGGUUGGAGCUAUGGUGGAUAUCUUUCAGCUAUGACUCUUGCCAGGUUUCCCGAUGUCUUCCGGUGUGCAGUGUCUGGCGCCCCUGUUACAUCGUGGGACGGGUAUGACACAUUCUAUACCGAGAAAUACAUGGGACUGCCUUCUGAGAACGAAGAAGGAUACGAGUCUAGCUCCGUGAUGCACCAUGUGCACAAGAUGAAAGGAAAGUUGUUGCUCGUCCAUGGCAUGAUCGAUGAAAAUGUGCAUUUCAGGCAUACUGCAAGGCUCGUCAAUGCUCUUGUUGCGGCUGGAAAGACUUACGAGCUAUUAAUUUUUCCAGACGAACGUCACAUGCCACGCCGGCAUAGGGAUCGGAUUUACAUGGAAGAGAGAAUCUGGGAGUUCAUAGAAAAAAGUUUGUGAAAAAUGAACCACCUGUUUAUGUCUUGUGAAAUUUUGUUGUUCGUAUCCUAUAACGUUCUUCCAAUUUGGUUGUUCUGUCCUAAUUCCAUCAGGGAUCAAUAAAUUUCUUUUUCUUCGA